CCUGAAAUGGCCGAGAGCGGCAGUGAGAUGGCGGGGGGGCGCUGGCCGUGGCGGGCGGCAGUCAAGGAGGGCAGGGCGGCCUGGGUGGUGCAGUAGCAGUGAUGGAUACGACCACAGUGCAAGAACAGCAAGCACUUGACGUAGGCGAGCGCACUCACACACGGAUGGAUGACACAAGACACCUGUGCACCACCUACUGUGUCUUGUGUUUGUGGUCGGUUGACUCAAUCAGGAGUCGGAUUUGCCAGGGGCGCCCUCCACGCCGCGUAUCGAGCGGCUGUUUUUCGACUUCAGCUCCACCGGUUACUGUAGCAACAGGCCACGCCUCCCUCCCCCCUCACCCAAGCCCUCCCCUCCCACCUCCCCCAUUGCCAUAGCCAUCGUGGGUUUGAUGCGCAGCUACGACCGAUUCGGCUACGACGGCCGGAUCACACAGGUCGACUUCCUCCGCCACGCCAUCGCGGCAAUCGCGAGCUGCUUCGUACUGCCGGGCGAGUGGUACCCAUCUGGCUCUCCCGCGACGCAGUUCCAUCGCAUCACCUACACCAUCUGGAAGCGAGACGAGGGGCGUGUCGUUGAGCACCUGCUGCGCACCCACGCCGAUCUCACCUGCAGCGGCAUACAGGUGCCGCGCAACAACUGGACCUACAAGGAGUUUAUCACAGCUGCAGUGGCGGUACGUAUGUGUGAAGGGACGCACGCACCGCAGCGCAAAGGGGGAGGGCAGGAAGGAAGCACAGAGAGGCACACAGGGCAGUCAGUCAGAGGAGAAAUGUAGAGCCGAAUGACUUGCUCCCUCUUUCUUUCUGGUGCACCGUCAGGCGUUUCCCCAGUUGAAGCGGUUUCUUCCCAAGCCACCACCCCCCCCGCCGCCCAGCUGGUUUCCCGCGGUGCCGCCCCCUCCCACACACACCACACACACCCCCUGUCCGUCAAGGUCGUCUGUGGCUCAUCCUACUCGGUUCGCACAACCACACCACACACAAUCUCGACCCCUCGAGAAGCACUCGGUGUGGUCGUGCUUUGUCUGUCAGGCUAUUCCCUCCGGCUGGAGGUGCCCAAGAAGCUCGAUACAUCCUCGAGCACCAGCAGCAGCAGCAGCGCCAGCGCCACCCGCCCCCCUCUUCCUCCGUCGCAGCCCCCGCCGCCUAUGAGACCCCCACAAGUCCAUCGCCACCCCCGACCCCCCAGUCGCAGCUGCAGAGCCACAUCGGGCAGGCAGGCUCGGGCAAUCACGCUGGGGCGAAGACGCGGCAGCUGUGGGUGGCAAAAGGCAGCGUGCCGGCGGGUCCACCUGUCGGACCAGCCGCGGCGGGCAGCAGCGGCAGUGGUGCAAGGCUCGUGAACGGCGCCGUCACCCUCCUCAAGAGGCCCCCAAAGGAGUGGCCCGGAGCUGCCGUAUGAGGAGCGACUGGAGAAGUACGAGCAGCGCAAGAAAGAGCUAGGUUUGGCCCCCACUGAUGAGAGCCGCCCCCCCACCACGACCGCCGUGGCAGAAAGGUUCAUCAAACAGCACCUCGGCCACAAACCG